CACCGAACCAAGCAUGUUUUCCAUAUGGUUCUACAAACUCUGAAUAUUUCCGCCUGUGUCGUCCUUUCUCUUAAAGCCACUGCAAAUGAAGGAAUUUCUCCGAGGACAACUGCAAACUUUGGACAUUAAUGUUCAUUGUUUUUCGGGCACACUUGCACAGGAAACCCUGGAAGUUGCUUCUCUUUAAACCUCAUUCUAGUGGAGGAACUUAGUGUUCACACUAUCAGUGGUACGUGCGCAGAGAUGUGUAAAGACGCUCACAGAUUUUGCAUGGUCAACCUUUACUGCAGCCUCGGAAAGACAGGUCAACUAUUCAAAAACAGAAGGGACAUUCGCAUGAUUUGUUGCCAUCUGAUGAACUUUUCAAAGUUAUUUGAAUACUCCUGACUACACUUUAUGAAAUGUCCGGCUCACGCAAAUGGCGUGGUGCGCUCGCAUGUGUGCUUUGGGCAAGUGUGAUUGUAUGUUUUUUGACAACAGGGACAACAAGACAUCCACCGCGUUCAGUGAAGCUACGUGGUCUACCUCUUCGUGUUGACGUGGGCGAAGGAAAGGGGUUUUGGGCAGCCGUGCAGAAUGCGGCGAGUAGGAGCAAGACUGAUGACCAGACACAUAUGGAGAGCAUUGUUGCGCUUGCAUACAGUCACAUGAAUUCCAGCAAAAUUGUUGACAGGAGUGAUGCGAUACAGGCUUUGGUGCGGUCAAUGGAGACGACAGGAUUGUUCACCUUGGUCUUGGGGGGCAAGAACUUAGGAAAAACAUUUCUCAAAAAAAAGCUCUGCAAAGGUGUGGUUCCAACGUGAUGGUCCUCUCAGAGGACAUGAGAAGCCAUCCUGGAGAAAAUUUGCUGGAGGUGUUGCUACAAGUUGCUAACAGUACCGUGGAGAACAUGACCACUGAAGAAGAGUUCAAGCCAUUCAUUCCUGCACUUUUGGCGAUUUUGGCUGCAGCUUUUGUGGUUUUUCGAGACCUCGGUCAGGCAGCGGCUACCAUCGCCAUGAAUGUGAGGGAUGUUGUUAGUCUGGCUGCAGACAAAAGGAAAAGGGUUAGGUUUGCGCUGGAUGAAUUUCUACGGAUCGUGGGCAGAACAUCCAAAAAACCUGCAAUUGUGGUGGACGAGGCAAACCUUGCACUACCCGGCUUGACAAAUGGACAGGAUGGUGGGGAGAGGCGCGAAGCGAAGUCAGCUUUGGCCGCGAUGACACAAUGGACAAAGCAAGACAAGCUGUCGAGCGUAGUCCUCAUCUCCUCAGAGUUUGGGUAUCCCUUCCGCCUGCAAGCUGCAGGGUUAGACCUCAGGGACAUCGGCAACAUCAUUCUCAUCGGCGAAGUGCCAGAGUCAGACAUGAUCAAGAUGCUGCAGGAUGAUUGGGGUAUGGACGCAGACUUAGCAGAGAUGUUCUACAACUACUUCGGCGGCGACAUUUACACCACCAAGCAGGCUUUGGAGAGCCUCAUUCGGAAGAAAGAUACCUUCGACCCCUUUGCCGUUGUGCGAUGUCCCGGGCUGCCUUCGUGUGUGGAAAAUGCAGCGGCCAGGGCUCACCUGGAGAACAUCGCCAAGCAAGGCUUCUCUUUGGUGAAGAAUGUUGAGACUGACGAAGGUGCAAGAAUGAUUGCGGAGAAAAACGUGGGCGGGGUCAUCGACAAGGAUGCCAUCACAUUUGGUUUGCCACCCAUCUUCACCGGCACAGACCGGAAAUGGGCUGUCAUCCCCUCGUCUUAUCAUAUGAAGCUGCUGAUUGCCCAUGAGCUCCAGAAUAUUCCUUUGCCAACAUCAGGUGGUACUGGUACUGCACCACCAGCUGUUUGGGUGAGACAAAUCCGCAAGGACUGCAGAGAAGUGCAUUCAAUGACUGUGUAAACACAUUUUGUUUCAGCAAAGUCGUUGCUCUGACCAAAGCAGUGCACUGAUCACUUUCGGACAGUUCGGUUGAAGACUAUUAUCGCCGUUCGUUCAGGUUCAUGCUCUUUUCCCGCAAAAUAAAGCGUGAUGAAGGGUAAGUCCACUGUGCAAGAUAAUACACUGUUAUGCUACGAACUUGGCCGGGUUCAGGACUUUUGGGGAGAAGAUUGCAGGGUCGUUCAUUCCUCAGGAUUUAUGAAAUAUGUAUUCUAAUAAUCUUCCUCAUUUUGAUAAAGAUGAUUUAGACUAAAGACUUUGUAUGAUUUUCUUCCACGCCCUUGUUCCUUUGCUGUGCCCUUUGGUAAGUAAAUGCGAGUAGCACACGGUUG